GUGGAUGGGUUGCCAGGGCAACCUCUGCUUCCUGGGUCAGAGGUCAAAAGAUGCCCAGUAAUGGCGGCCCUGUUUCAGGGAACAGCCUGGGCUGAUGCUAGAGCCUAGUUUUGGGACCGAGGCUGUGCUUUUUGGGGGGCAGCAGCCUCCAGGGCCCGACUUUUGGCUUUAAGGGGCCCUGAGCCCCACAAAGCGGGGAAAAGACCCUCCCCUGACUGUCCACAACACAAAGAGACCCCUUCUUGGCUCCUCUGGGGCCCAUUGAGAGGCCCUUCCCGCCCAUUUCCUGGUUAUGGAGGGGGCUCCUGACCCACCAAGCCCCCUUUGCUGACACCCCCUUUGCCCAAAGGGACAGGGAGCCAACAACCCCACGAAGAGAGGAGCUCUCCUUCUCAGAGAACCCCCAAACCCCAUGCGCUUGGUGGUGCUGUGGGGGCAGCCCAGAAGCCAUGGGGCACCUGCUCUCCCUCAGGCCAGGCCCAAGGAGGGCCCCUCGGCGAGGAGAGCAGCCCCUGGGCAACCCUGGCAGCUUCGACGAGCUCCACCGGAAAUGCAAAGAAGUCUUCCCCCAGCAGAUGGAAGGAGUCAAACUUAUCAUAAAUAAAUCUUUCAGUAGCCAUUUUCAGGUGACUCACACCAUUCAUAUGAGUACAAUUGGCCAAUCAAGCUACCACUUCAGUACAACGUAUGCAGGUGACCAGCAGCUAGGCCCAACAGAGGUGUUUCCAACACUUAUUGGGGAUAUUAACAAUGUUGGCAGCCUCAGUGCUCAAGCGCUGUACCUUCUAGCUGACCAAAUACGAACAAAGGCUGUAUUCCAGACUCAGCAGUCCAAAUUUGUGACUUGGCAGUUUGAUACAGAAUACCGUGGAGAUGACUACACAGCCACCCUAACACUGGGAAAUCCUGACUUGAUCAGCGAGUCGAUUAUUGUAGUUGCACAUUUCCUGCAGAGUGUGACGUCACGGUUGGUCCUAGGGGGUGAAAUGGUGUACCACCGGCGACUGGGUGAAGAGGGUGCCAUUGUCACCUUAGCUGGGAAAUACACAGCUCUCAAAUGGAUAGCCACACUGAACCUCGGCUAUGGUGGGGCACACGCAAGCUACUACCAUCGGGCCAAUGACCAGAUCCAGGUUGGGGUGGAAUUUGAGGCAAACACUCGACUGCAGGACACAAGCUUUGCUUUUGGUUAUCAGCUCACAUUGCCCAAGACCAACAUGGUUUUCAGAGGUUUCCUGGACAGUAACUGGUGUGUGGGGGCUGUUCUGGAGAAGAAGCUGCCACCUCUGCCUGUCACCCUGGCCUUGGGUACCUUCCUCAACCACUGGAAGAAUCGGUUCCAUUGUGGGUUCAGCAUCAUUGUGGGCUGAGUGUCCUGGGAGCUUGUCUCCGCCACAAGAGAGGCCUUGGGAUUAAACAAGUGUGAUACUGCUCGGUAGGAAGGACCUGGCUGCAUGUGUGUGUGUGUGUGUGUGUGCAGGUACAUUGGGGCAGCUCACCCCAAACUGUUUUGCAGCAGGCAGUGGUGAUAUGAACCCUGCUGUACCUUGUGUCUGAGAGUGUCAACACUGCAACCCUGCCUUCAGGAGGCCUAUCAUUUUUUUUUCUUUUUGAUAUUCAAAAUGAUAUUUGAUGUUGGACAAUACCCCUUGCUCCUGAGACGUGGCUCUGGAUCAUGUGCUAACUGGUUUAUGCAAGACAUUCACUGCAGCAGGGAUUCUGAUGCAGUGGCAGGGCGGGUUGCAAUAGCUCCCUUCGGAGAAGAACGGAUGCCUUUAUUUACUAAGGCUGGGGGCUAUUGGCCACAGUAUUUCCAAAUGGAUUUAGCAAUCAUUGUUGUCACUGCUCCAGGUCUGUGUCAAAGCUCUGAAUUUCAGAGGCCACAAUCAGGGUAAUAACCACCUGGCAUGCCAUGGUGAAUUUGUGGGCACUGUGCCACAUGGCUUACCUAGGACUCUGAUGAAGACAAAGAUUGUGGCUUCAGUGUAAUGGUUACUUGGAAUCCAAUUAAAACCAUGUUUGGGGGGUUCAUCACCCCCUCA